GCGAAGUUUUUAGCAGUUUGGAUAAAAUAUAAUUAGCGAUGGACCCCGCGACAAUAUUCAAGAUAAUAACAAACAGCACCUGGAUUGUGACGCAGCUCAUGAGCGGCCAGUCUGUUCAGUUCAGCCAGAAGAAUUACGUAGUCCAGGUCUCUGAGGCGGCCGCCCCGGGCACCAUACUUCUACUACAGGCAGUUUCUCCUGAUGAUGAGGCGGCCGUGCUCUACAAGCUUGCGAGCGACAGCGCUUCCCCUCUUUUUCGAGUGGACGCUCAGUCAGGCGCCCUGCAACUGCUUGGUCCCCUCGACUUCGAGUACCAAACUCAGCACAACCUGACGGUUAUAGCAACGAGCAAGGAUGGCAAGAUCGGCAGCAACGAAGCUCACGUGACAGUCGAGGUGCUUGACGCCAACGAUCACUCGCCAAUCUUCGCCGUCCAGCGACAUGAGGCACAAAUAACUGAAGAAGAUAACCACAACUUGCCCAGGCCCGUAUUUACG